CAUUGAUGCGCCUGCGCAGAAUAGAAGCAAACAUCAGGGACCCCUUUUUGCGCAGGCGUUGCGUCCAGGGGGCGGGCCCGGGCGGCGCCGUGGUGCGCAGGCGCAGCCGUCGGUGGGUCGGGGCUCGGUCGCCCGAGAGGCUCCCAACUUGGACCUGCAGAUCCUGAGACAACCUCCUGACUCAAGAUGGACAACAAGAAGCGCCUGGCCUAUGCCAUCAUCCAGUUCCUGCAUGACCAACUCCGGCAUGGGGGGCUCUCAUCUGAUGCCCAGGAGAGCUUGGAGGUUGCAAUCCAGUGCCUGGAGACUGCUUUUGGGGUGACAGUGGAAGACAGUGAGCUUGCACUCCCUCAGACUCUGCCAGAAAUAUUUGAAGCAGCUGUUGUAGGCAAGGAGAUGCCACAGGACCUGAGGAACCCUGAGCGAACCCCACCUUCUGAGGAGGACUCAGCAGAGGCAGAGCGCCUCAAAACUGAAGGAAACGAACAGAUGAAAGUAGAAAAUUUUGAAGCUGCCGUGCACUUGUAUGGAAAAGCCAUUGAGCUCAACCCAGCCAAUGCUGUCUAUUUCUGCAAUAGAGCCGCAGCCUACAGCAAACUCGGGAACUACACGGGAGCAGUGCAGGACUGUGAGCGGGCUAUCUGCAUAGACCCGGCCUACAGCAAGGCCUAUGGCAGGAUGGGCCUCGCGCUCGCUAGUCUGAACAAGCAUGCGGAGGCUGUGGCCUAUUACAAGAAGGCUUUGGAGCUGGACCCCGACAAUGAGACAUACAAGUCGAAUCUCAAGAUUGCAGAACUAAAGCAGAGAGAGGUCCCAAGUCCUACGGGAGGCGUUGGCAGCAUCGAUAUUGCUGGGCUGUUGAACAACCCGAGCUUCAUGAGCAUGGCGUCAAACCUAAUGAACAAUCCCCAACUUCAACAGCUCAUGUCUGGGAUGAUUUCGGGCAGCCACAACCCCUUGGGAACUGCUGGCACCAGCCCUUCACAGAACGACCUGGCCAGCCUUAUCCAGGCUGGCCAGCAGUUUGCUCAGCAGAUGCAGCAGCAGAACCCUGAGUUUAUAGAACAGCUCAGAAGUCAGAUGAGGAGUCGGACCCCCAGUGCCAGCAACGACGACCAGCAGGAAUGACCAGCCCAUCUGCUCCUGACUGUGUCCUUCCUCGGCCAACUGGAAGCCUUCUCAUGUUUUGACAUUUUCUCCUGUUGGACCGCUGAAGAGAGAAAAAGAAGAAAUUGGACCUGCAUGUUCAGAUGGAUUUUUCUCCCUUUUUUUCCUUUGCCCUCUCCCCCCUUUUUGUAUUCCCUUGCAGCCCCCAGACCCUUCUUAAAACAAGAGCCAGCAAGCUGAAUGCAGACCAGCAACUAUCUCCCCGCUCUGCCCCCAGGAAGCCCAGUCACUAAAGUAUUUUCUAGAACUCUGGGGGUGCUUUUUGGGCUGCCUUUGGUGAAGUGGCAGGUUUUGCACUGAACCACAUGGCAGAGUCCCGUGACUCCAGGAGCCUUUUUUUAGCCCUCACUCCCCAAUCCUUUGGUCUGUCUUCAAGAACUUUCCCUGUCCUGUGAGAAGCCACCUUCUAAGUCGACCUCUUGGCUUACCCAGCCACGCUGGCCACCUGCCUGCUCGGAAGAGCUCACUGUCAGGUGCGGCCUGGGUGCCAGUGUCCUCUCAUGACCUGUGGGCUGCGUCUUUGCAUGAAGAACUCUUUAGCCACAGACACCUGAAAGACAACUGCUGUCACCUGCACCUCGCCACCUGGAAGCUGUCCUAGGUACCUAGGACCAGUUUCUGUGACUUCUCUUCCAGCUAAGAGUGUUGAUAGACAUGAAUUUCAUUUCCUCCCACCCUCUCUACUCCUCAUGACUGACAGCCAGUGGCGUGAUCAUGGCCUUUUUGUCCCGGCCGGGUCUCUGCUUUAGUUCCUGAACAGGGGUCCACUUUUAAUGUUCCGUUCUGCUUUCCUGGCCAGGGUCCUGUUUUAACAGGCCCAGGGUCCUUCAUGGCCCCAAAAAAGCCACUGGAGCUGAGAAGUGUGCCCUUUGCGCCUGAGGGUCAAGGGGAGGGAGGUGAGCUGUCUGGGUAGCUAGAUGUGUCAGUUGGUGUGACGUGCAGCUCCCCAGCAGUCUUGGGUCAUCUGAGAGGUAGACGCGGUACUGUGUUGUAGGUAACCAGUAGGAAGAAGGGCCACCACCGGCCAUGGCAGCGAGAUGUAUGCUGACUCCUGUGCUAACGGUGGUGCAGAGCGUGACGUGUGGAGAAUAAAUAGACGUCGCGA